CCCAAACACACCAAUAAGCUUAACAGCUGAAGAAUUUUCGCCCUCCGGGCGCCGGUCGUCAUGGCCUCACCAGAGGUCUCAAACCGCCGCGCGCGCCCGCAGAGCACGCCGCAGGCUUUGCCGCAGGGCCAGGCCGAGUCAGGACACGUAUCUCUCGACACGCGCACCGCUAACGCGCCUGAGCCGGCUGGCCGCGGAAGGUACUCCAGCCUCCCGGCCCUGGCCAUCAAAACACUGCAGCAGGAGUUGGAAAACGUGGAAACAGUCGGCAGCUGGCUCGAAGAGGUCUUUGCAGCCAAGCUCGAAAGUUUACAGGCCCCGGAGGACGCCGCGCUUAGGAGAAUUGUUCUUGAACUUGACGACGUGAUCAGCGGCUGGUUCCUCAGUCGCACCCUCCCUGAAAAAGAGCGUUCGCGCUCCCCGUCGCGUUCGCCGACCAGUUCCAGCGAAAGGCGCAGCAUUUUAAUUACGAGGACGGGCACGGCGUCGUCGGCCUCUAAAGGCAGAGGCACGCCCACUAACAAAUCGGUCACAUGGGCCGAGCGAGCCGCCACGCCACCAGCGGCGGCCCCAACGCGAAUUUUAACCCCGGCCACGCGCUCGUACCCGAUACGUACGACGCCCGGCAAUGCACCUGACAGCUCCGCAACUCCCUCCCAAUCGGGCCGGGACCGCUCCCAAGCCCCGAAACGUUUGACAGAACAGCCGUCCAACCGCAUCCUGAUCCGCGUAAAUGACAAAUUGCGGAUGGUGACGAGGGAGCCAUACGCGGUAACGACCAAAUUGGCCGAGUUGGUCUCGGUGCCACACAGUGAAAUCCCAAACGCCAAGCGUACCCCCACGGGCUGGGGUGUUACGGUGGCCUUUGAGGAAACACGGCAAAAACUCCUUAACCCCAGCGCGGUUAAAGCCAUUAUGGACGCAUUGGACGCGCGGGAAGUCACUGUUCCGACAACCUGGCACACAUACGCCGUUUCUGGAGUGCCCCGAACGCUCAAUUGCCUGGACGGAAGAAAGGACGUAUAUGAGGUAAUCCAGGAGGAGAUUACCGUGGCAGCAGGCCAGCAGCCAGUCAACUGGCAUAUUUCCAAAUAUAGUUACGACCCACAUACGGCUGAGGGCACGUGGAUAAUGGAUAUUGCGAAAUACGUCGCUGCGUACGGCAAGCGCGUUGCGGCAUAUGUGGUGAAGCAAAACAUGCGACAGAGGAAGAGCCGUGCAAGGCAGCCCCCAAAUGCGUUAAUUGCCACGGCCAUUUCCCAUCCGGACAUGAGAAUUGCCCUGCCCGACCUUUGGUGGUAA